GUCUCUUUGAUUCUUUUUUUUUUUUUUACCUUUAUCUUUUUAGCUGUUACAGUUAAUCAGCUUGAAUUAUUUGAUAUCUCACAUAUUGGUGUGCAUUUCAUUCAAUGUGGCCUUGCUGUUCCUGAAUAAUUCCAUUCAAUUAUAUUUUUGAUUGCAUGUUUGAUUGUAUUUGCCUCGUAACAAUGUGCUCUAUAGCGAGGUUCUAUGUAAACAAACGUGCUUACUUGUUCUAAGGGUUUUUUAUUGAUAGCUUCAUUGUAAUACACCACUGGUUGGCAGUCAGAGUGUGAUUUUAGUGGACUAUUUUUAGAUUAAACAGCUGUACACAUAAUGCUCUCUGCUUCCAGUGGCUUUAAAACUCAUUCAUUCAUUGUUGAUUUGCUCGACGUCACUGGUUACCAUGGCAACCUGAAAGCCUGCUCCUCUCCAGGGAAACGCCAAGCGUCCCAGUUAGCAGGAGCGGCUAACUUCGAGGCUAACGCUAGUUCUUUUUUGGUUAUAAACAGGCCGAAGCUUCUCAGUUGUUGCUGCUGCUGGCUAGACGUGGCUGCAGUAGUUGAUUUUUUAAUUUUUAUUAAAAAAUAUAUAUUUAGUAAGUUAGCGUUUUUUUUUUUUUUUUGAAUGGAGUUUUGUGGAGAAUCAUCCGUCCAGAACUUACAGGCUCUGUCUGCAUUGUUGUCCACUCAGCAGGAGGAAGAGGAGGAUACAGACUGUAGAAAUGCAGCAGCGCUUGCACAGCUGGGUCCUGGACACAUUGGCCCUCCACCCAAGAAAUAUAAAGAAGUGUCAACUGCCUACAUGAAGAAGAAGAGCAAAGAUAUCUGGAGCGAGGAAGAGGUGGCUGAGGGCUCCCAGUAUGAUGAUCUAACUGAUCCUCGGCCACAACCUGAGUAUGAAAUAAUCCUGAAGCAGAGUGUGAAGACCGAGGAUCUGUUCUUGGGCUUGAGCAGAAAGGACCCGUCCUCCAUGUGUUGUGAAGCCAUGCUGGUGAAAAUCAAACUACCCGACACAAAAGCGACAGAGGUGGUCCUGGAUGUAAAAGAGAAGUUCCUUGAUCUGCGGACGCCAAAAUACAAACUGGGUCUCCAUCUCCCUCAUCCGAUCCACACCCAGGAGGGUAAAGCUCAGUUCUUCAGUGAGAGGGAGGAGCUGGAGGUGACUUUGCUAAUGAAGCGGCCCAUGGACUUCAUCAACACGCAGUGAGAAAAAAGGAUGAAAAUAAGCCACAAAUGUCCAAAAAAGACAGAAUCGGUAAACCAUACUGCUUUGCUGGUAGGUCAGAAACAAUACGGGACAGAGAGGUGAUCAGCAUGAACCUUGUGUAUUUCUAUGAACAAUAAAUAAGUCAUUAUUACACAUGUUAAAGCUGUGGUUUCUGAUAAAGAUUUGACUUCUUAUGUGACUUUCUCAUGAUUGAAUAACGAGAAAUCUACAGUAGAGGAUGGAAAACACAUGUUACACUACUUUAAUAGGCUGAUAUCUUUAUAGAUGUAUGUGUACAUUAAUGCCAAUACAGGAUUUGAGUUUAUUCUUUAUCUCAGCAUAUUCCAUUUUAAUUUUUGUUUUAUCUUGUUUCAACCACCACAUGGCUGCUAAAACUAGUGUACAGUUGGUGCUGCCAUUCCAUGUCCAACUUCUCUAUGUGCCUUUCAAUUUCUCCCAGUGAACAAAUAAAGUUUUUUGAAUUGAACUAAAUUAGUGUGCUGAUACAGAUGCUCAUUUUAACUUGUGAGACUCCACACUGUCUGUGCAGUCAUUUGAUUCUACACAAAUUAAUUCAGGAAUUUGCACCAUACAGUUUAAGUGCAAUAUCACCUCUAAUAAUGCAUAGAUUUUGGCACUAGAGAUUUCAUUUCUUCAUGAAUAAAACCUAUGUAUCUCUAUUUCAAUCUGUCAUUUAAAAAAUAAAUCAGUUUAAAAUUAUGGAA